CCUUCUCUUCGUUCUGCUCUGAGGCAAUCAGUUUCCAACAGCGAAGAAAGACGAAAAGCCGUAGAUCCGAGGAGUUAGGGGCUCAGAUUUCCUUAAUCUCCUCUCCGUCUCUGUCUCUGGGAAAGUGCAAAUCUCUGUUCUAAGGAAGAAGCUCUUCGUGGUCGUCAAUUUCAGCAUCCAUGGCAAGCUUGGCAACUGAAGGAUCUCAAUUUGACCCUCGUCAUUAUGAUUCAAAGAUGAGUGAGCUGAAUGUUGAUGGCGAUCAGUUCUUUACCUCCUAUGAUGAGGUUCAUGACAGUUUUGAUGCCAUGGGACUGCAAGAAAACCUACUUAGGGGAAUCUAUGCUUAUGGUUUUGAGAAGCCAUCUGCCAUUCAGCAAAGGGGAAUUGUUCCAUUCUGCAAGGGCCUUGAUGUGAUUCAACAGGCUCAAUCUGGAACUGGGAAGACUGCAACUUUCUGCUCCGGAGUACUUCAGCAACUCGACUACAAUUUGGUUCAAUGCCAAGCUCUGGUUCUCGCGCCCACUAGGGAACUCGCCCAGCAAAUUGAGAAGGUCAUGAGAGCUCUUGGUGAUUAUCUUGGAGUGAAGGUGCAUGCUUGUGUUGGAGGAACAAGUGUUCGUGAGGAUCAACGUAUUCUCCAGAGUGGGGUCCAUGUUGUUGUGGGAACUCCUGGGCGUGUCUUUGACAUGUUAAGGAGGCAGUCACUCCGCCCUGAUGAUAUCCGUAUGUUUGUGUUGGAUGAGGCGGAUGAGAUGCUCUCACGAGGUUUCAAGGAUCAGAUUUAUGAUAUCUUCCAGCUCUUGCCUGGAAAGAUCCAGGUUGGUGUUUUCUCAGCUACAAUGCCCCCAGAGGCACUCGAGAUCACGAGAAAGUUCAUGAACAAGCCAGUGCGGAUCUUGGUGAAGCGAGAUGAACUCACUCUUGAAGGUAUCAAGCAGUUCUAUGUGAAUGUCGAUAAGGAGGAGUGGAAGCUCGAGACUCUCUGCGACCUAUACGAGACCCUAGCGAUUACCCAGAGUGUCAUUUUCGUGAAUACUCGUCGCAAGGUCGACUGGCUGACGGACAAGAUGAGGAGCAGGGACCACACUGUCUCUGCAACCCAUGGCGACAUGGACCAGAACCAGAGGGACAUAAUCAUGCGCGAGUUCCGGUCGGGUUCAUCCCGCGUCCUCAUCACCACUGAUCUCCUGGCUCGCGGUAUCGAUGUGCAGCAGGUCUCCCUCGUCAUAAACUACGACCUGCCCACUCAGCCAGAGAACUACCUGCACCGCAUCGGACGAAGCGGCCGUUUCGGGAGGAAGGGUGUCGCCAUCAACUUUGUUACGCGGGAUGACGAGAGGAUGCUGUCCGAUAUUCAGAGGUUCUACAACGUGGUCGUCGAGGAGUUGCCAUCGAAUGUUGCUGACCUCAUCUGAUUGGUAGGAGGAAUAGAGAGGCUUAAGGGUCCUUGGUCAUCAGAGCUUCGUAAGCUUUAUCUUUGUUGUUUGAAAACAAUGCACCAACCAUCUUUACUGUUUAUUUAUAUUUUUGGCAAAGAAGACGAUCCUGCGGUUGUAUUGUCGUCUUGGGAGUUAGUCAACUGCAGGUUACUUUUUGUAGGGCAAGAAGUUUUGGAUCUGUAGGGCUUCCCUUCUUUCGUAGGAUAAUAGGUUUGUAAGUCGGUUUUGGAUUUUAAUGUGAGAUUCUGCUUUCUUAAUACUGUGCUUGUGCUCUGAUCAA